GUUGAUCUGAGUAGUGUUCGUGGAAAUACAUAUUUUGGCAAGUUGAACAACUUUUAACCAUGUGUUUCUCUGGUUUAUUAAACUAAUUGAGUUAAACAACAUUAAAUAAAGUGUAUACGAAUAUAUCAGUGCUUGAAAGAUAUUCAAAUUCAAAUAAACGUUUCAUAGAAAUUGGUCGCGGGUGCUAAAUAUUUUUUCGUCAUCAGCUGUUAUUUUGAUCGGAGAUAAAUUUUCGUUUAUAACUUGGCAGCACUUAAUUCAGUUGUAGAAAAAUUCAUAUUCCAUUUUAAAGUAGCGCGCUAGCUAACUAAAAAUGGAAAAUAAUGGGGAAAGCGCUGAUAAAAUGAUUCCGAAUUCUGUAAAUGAAGCAAAUAACCCGAAAAACGUCGAAACACCAAAUGAAAUGGUGCACGAAAUAAUUAAUGAUAUUAGAGACGCCGCCGUGACUGAGGCUACAGAAGGUAAUUCUGUGAAAGAAAACUUAAAUGCUAAUGUAAGUGCAUAUUCUCCGGAAAACAUGGAAGAGGAUGAUGAUAAUCCUUUAGCAAGCAUAUUUUUAGAAGCCCAGGAUGAAUUACGCAAAUACCCAUUCAGAUUUAAGAAAAGUGAAAAGGGCAAUAUUCUGAGCAUGCAUCAUAUAUCUGAAUGGCACAAUACGAAAUUCAGUCCCAAUAUAAAGUUGUGCUCUUUUAAUGAACAAUGCUCUAUAAUGGUGGUAAUUGCUGAAGUUGGUUUCAUAUUUGCUUUUGACUUGGCGAACAAAUGUUUCUGGAAAUUGAGUGAAGUCCAACUACAUCCCACUGCAAUAACAUCAUGGAGAGAAAGAAAUAAUCAUUUUCUCCUAGGAAGUGAAACGAGCGAGAUAACGUUAUUGGAUUUAGAUCAAUCAACUAUUACACAUCGCAAUUAUUUAUGUAAAAAUUGUGGUGAAAUAUCGGCAAUAUCAUGCCCACCUCAAACCGUAAACCGACAACAUUUAGUGCUUGUGCAAUGUGGCUAUGAAGUAAUACUGUUUGAUGUAGAGAAAUUCGUGCCAACACAUCGUUUUCCGUUUAAAAACAAAAAUUUUCAACUGCAGUUUUCCUACUACUUUUCACAUUCAGAUCAUAUUUUUAACUGUUUUAAUGAUGAUACCGUACAAAUAUGGUCCGGCGUCACUUUGAAUACUAUACGUGUAAUACAUCCCAUAAAAAUGCGUGAUCGUAAGUUGCGCAUGGAAGGCGCCGCAGGUUUAGCAGCAGAUUUUGUACUCUGCCAAGAUUAUAAUGGUGGCGGUGGUAUUUUCAACGUUGAUUGUAUGGUGUCAAAUUAUUCAAAUGGCCUCAUUAUUGGCUAUUGUUUUCAUCCGUAUAUGGGUUUAUUUUGCCUUUCCACACGCGACGGUUAUUUAUUGUUAAUUAACACAUACACUUUAGACUUACAGCAUAUAUGCCGGCUACAAGAUUUUGUCAUACGACAUUGCGUCUUUCUGCUCCAAGCAAAGGAGAUACUACUUUGUGGCAUAACCGAUAGAUCCGGCGAAGUAGUCAUAUUGAAUUGCCUGAAAAAGGAUAUUAAAUUGCGUAUACAAGCAAAGAAUGCGGCCAGACUUUCAAUCUCUAGUGAUGGCAAAUACUUAGCGAUAUUUAAUAGAACUGGUGAGCUAGAUAUUUGGUCCACUUGCCAAAUCUACAAUUCCCUUAAGUCACAAGAGGAAUGUCUGCGUUUGAUAAAGUUGGCUUUUAGACAAAAUAAACCGUUGCUGCUUGGUCCAUCACGUCAUUGUAAAACCGCACUGGUGGCAACACAGAACGAAUGCCUGAAUGAGGAUAUCAGAAACUUGCUUAGUCGUGAUCGCCUCUUGAACAUAUUGCGUGAAUUUCGUUGGUUCCCGUGUAAAUAUCGUGUGCUCAUAUGGUGUGCACUGCUCCAAUUGCCUUAUAAUCGCAAUGAAUUUUUUCAACUCUUAAAAAUGGGUAUACCACCAAUCGUAAAGCAACGCGCUAAACAGUUACCAAUACGUGAUGGUACAUUGAAAAAUGCGCUAGUACGCAUAUGGUCAUGCCUGGCGCAUUGGUGUCCCGUUUUUGCGCAUAGUAAAUUUCUGCCACAGCUCAUAUUUCCAUUUGUGAAAUUGCUGCCGCGCAAUUCGCUUGUCGUCUUUGAGAUUUGUGUCACGCUGUUGACGAAUCACUUUCAAAUGUGGUUCGAAUUGCAUCCAUUGGAGCCAAACAAUUAUUUAGGCUUGUGUGAAAACAUAUUGCAAUCCGAACAUACGGAGCUAUGCAAAUUUUUUGCCAGUAUGCAUGUAAAUCCCGAACACUAUGCGUGGCCGUUACUGUCUUCUGCCUUCUCCGAGGUGUUUAGCGAAGCUAAUUGGCUUUACCUAUGGGAUAAUAUACUGUCGGCGCCACCAUAUUAUCAAAUUUUCAUAGUUGUGGCAUACAAUAUCGUGCAACGUCGAAUAAUUAUGCGUCUCCCCGAUAAGCCAACCAUUUUGACUUUCUUUCAUGAACAGAAUCCGAUUGAUAUGUGUAAGCUGAUAAAUACAGCAAACUGUAUUAUGCGGAAAUGUCCCAAAACAUUACAUCCCGAACGUUAUAUGACGGAGUUUCAGUGUAUACCCAAGAAAGUAUAUCCGAAAUUUUUGAAUUAUCCACGCCAAUGGUUGGUUAAACACGAGAGAGAUAUUGCUGCGGUACAAAGAGAAAAGCAGUGUAUUGACACACGCAUAAGGAAAUUGGAGCUGGAGGAAAUGAAAUUAAUGGAGCGUCUGCAGAGUGGCCUGCGUAGAGAGGAGCAUGCAAGACAAGUGAAAAAAAUGGAGAAACUCUAUCGUGACUCGCUCAAACGGGAGGAAGAACGUUUAGCUUGUCAACGACAAAUGUUGGCUGUGUAUCAGAAAGAGUUGCGCAAUCGCAAAGCCGAAGUUGCAGUCCAAGUGCAGGAGUCAGAGCAACGUCAAAGAGCGCUGAAAAUGGAAAAGGAUCUCGAGCUAUUAAUGCAAAGUAUAGAGUGCGAACGCACGCGUAAUGACGCCGAUUUACUAAUGGCUGAAGAGGAGUUGCGUAAUGAAGAGAUGGAGCUGUUUAUGCAAAAAUGUUUGACAACAACUGGAUCUAGUUCCCUGCGUACUAAAUAUCAUGUGGAUUUACAAAGAUUGUGCAAUGAGCGCCAUGCACUCAAGCAGCAAGUUAAAGAACUAACAAAUAUGCCGAAAGGAGCAUUAAGUCCACGCAAUUCCAACAAUAAUUCACAUUUAGAUACCAUUGAAGAGAGAAUUGAAGAAAUACAAAGAGAAUUUAAUGAAAUACUCAACACUAAAGAAUAAGCAAUUUUUAGCGGCCUUAAAGUUUAUGCCAUUUUCACAAUGCCAGAUGAGCUGUGAUUUUUAGAUGAAAUAAACAGCGUCCAAACGAAAAGGCUUAUAAUCUAGCUCCGUCCCAAAAAGACCUACAGUAGAAGAAUUGCAGCAAAACAUACGCAACUGUUUUGCUUUUAGGCUAACGAACCAAAUAUUGAGUUGUUUUUUUUUAGAAUUCUUAG